GUUUGUUAUUUUCCGUAGGUCUGCUGCACCAGGGGUGUAGAGUAGCUCGGCCUUAACUUGACCGGAAACGACAUGGCCUUGAGAGCGGCGAUACUAAGAAGCGCCGGGAGGAAAGCUGGGUGCGGCUUAGGAGGCAUCCGGCGGUGGGUCCACUCAACGGCCCAACCAGCGCCGCUUCAAGCGGCCAUCAGCAACCCUUUCAACACCACAUUGCCGCCGUUGGUUUUGCCGGAGAAUGAAAAUAAUUACAAAAUCGGAGUUGAAAUCCCGAAAUUUUCCCCCUUCCAUGGGUCCAUUGAGCUCAUGGCUGUCCCAAAAAAGAAAGUCACUCCACACAAGAGAGGUAUCAGAAACGGACCAAAGGCUUUGAAACCUGUACCUGUAAUCAUACGUUGCAAGGUGUGCGGUCGGGUAAAACUACCACACUUCUUCUGUUGCAGUGGGAUUAAGCAAAAUCCUGGUGAACAAUGAACACAAUGGUUUGUCCUGCCCUCUUGUCCCUUCUCCGGGAAUCUUGUCUGCAUAAUCAAAGUGAAAUUAAGCACAUGGAUAGAGAAAUGCAGAAAAUUGGUUAUAGUGCAUGAAUUAUCAAAAUUGAAAAGUCUUUUACGGUGAAUUGAUGACCUGCCUUGUCACGGAUUAUACUCUUGGAUUUGACAUUCCUGGAGGUAUUACUCAAUUAGGUUUACUCCUCCUGUUGAACAAUUUUAUGGUAAAAAUUUUCGGCUUUGAUUAAUCAUUCUAGACUUCUGUUUUGAUGUUUCUGUUCUUCACUUACUGCACUCAAAGUUGCGACUUAUGAAGAACCAUCUAUGUAUACCCAUAUACAUUGCAUAUAUAUUUGGUGGGAGUUGAUUGGGGA